AUGUUCACGCCACUGGUGCUGCGGCGCAACUUCUCCCUCUUUAAUCGGGUACCGCAUUCGCGCAUAAUCCGAUCGGCGGCACGCCAUGGACAUGAGCAAGUCAUAAUACAGCGAGUGCGUAUACGGCGACCAUUUCUCAGCAAGUCACGUCUAGUCGGUGCUGUCGCUAUCGGAGUGGCUACGUACGGCCUCGGACAAUAUGUCGGUAUAAGAGUUGAAGUGGAAGAGAUUAAAGACGAGGAAAGGACGUCUAAGCCUGGGCAAGACGGAUGGACAACAGUUGGUCAAGAAGAGGACGAGGAGGAUGAUGAUGAUGAUGAAGAGUACGACGACGCUCUGCUAUUCUUACCAACCGGAUUCUCAAGACCACGGCCGAAGAAGUUCUGGAAAGGCUCAGACCCAGAGUGGCAAGAAUUCAAGAAGUUGGCAACGGACCGCCCCAGGGUUGAGAAGAUACGAGGAGAAUUAGCCUUUAUGCUGCGCAAUCUGUUCGCUAAGAGCCCCCCAUACGUCGCCAAAGCCGGCAAAAUCGACACGGACAAAGGCAAUAUGUGGAUAGAGUUCAAGUUUCCAGACACUGCGCCAGACGAGUAUGAGCGCCCUGGUAUCGAAUUGACCGAGGACCUGGAGUGGCGAAAGGCAACCCGUCCGGUAGAAGCUCCACACCAUCAUCGCUUGAACAGGAUACUAUAUCCGAAGGAAGCAGCAAACGCCCUUUACCAUGACACAACGAAGAAGGCAGGAAGGGCAUGGGAAGACUUUAAGAUUUACAUGGGUUGGUCACAGGAAUCCAAAACGGAGGCUGUCCAACAGCUCGUUCAGCGGAUAGCUGCGAAUCCACAGUCAUCCGUUAACAAAACGACGAGCAUAAUCCCAAGCCCUUUCUCUACAUCUGCCAAAGAUACCCAACAGCCAGGUGUACCACCCUCAGCAGCGCCCGUCGACGCUCCCGCCAAGGACCUUAAUGGUCUCCUUCUCCCAGAUCCCAAGAAAUUGACACUGGAUCUUACACAAUUCCGCAGCGACUUUCGCAAAAGCUUCAAGCAAUAUCCAUUAGUAGUUCCGCGCGGUGCUUUUAUGGUGCUCGGCCUCAUCGAAAUAUAUGGCGAACGAGCAAAAUUGACGCUCAACGUUCAUGCUGUGUAUGAUCCCAAGCAAGGACGUUAUGUGGGCAUGCACUUUACGCCGUGGAAUUUCGUUGAGCUGAGACAGCUUCCGAAGGGUGGGCGGUAA